ACUUGUAUCCCCCAGUGUAAUCUGGCUGUUGACAGCUUCUGAAUCAAGACAUUAUUUGGCUGCAUCUAUCCUUCCAGGCAGUCCCAAUGGACGUAUUGUCUGUUCCAGAGGAGAGGGGGAGAGGCUGGUACCUCUCACUCAUGGCACCAAAUACAAAGGGAAGUAACUUUGCCUGGCUGGACCCAUCCAGACUUUACUGCAAUCACCAGGCUUUUUCAGACUGUGUGAAGGAGCUUCUCCAGCCAUUCCAGAAUGAGUCCGUUGACCUGGUGGCUGGCAUUGAUGCCAUGGGAUUCAUCCUAGGAUCAGCUGUGGCCACUACACUGAGUAAGGGCUUCUUGGCCAUCCGUAAAGCAGGACACCUGUGCGUGCCGACGGAGAGCCAGCCGUUCAGUGACUACUCCGGCAGAGAGAAGCUAAUGGAGGUGCGAAACGACGUGCUAAGACCAGGUCUGCGUGUGCUCCUGGUGGACCAGUGGAUAGAAACAGGAGGCACCAUGCGGGCCGCCAUCUCCCUGGUGGAGAAGCUGGGAGCCACUGUCGUAGGUGUAGCAGCAGUUGCCAUAGAGAACAGCGAGGGGGGGCGGUGGAUCAAAGAGAGGUACAGGUACUCUCACUGCAUCCCAGAGACCCUGCAGGCUCAGAUAGACAGGCAGCACCUGGACUCCUUCCACAGCUUCGUCAGCCUGACGGACUGAACCCGGGCCACUCUGGUGCAGGCCUGCUUUUGCAAGCCACCUCCUCUCCAUGAACCUGCGUUUGUCGGAAUAAAGCGAGCCUGAUGCGGUUUGAAAGAAAUAAGAAAUGACUAGAACUAGUGUAUAUGCAAUUCUGCCAUUUGUUCUGGUGUAGAUCUUUGUAAUAGACAGCAAGCCUGAUUUGUCUUGAAGAGAGCAAUUGUUUCCUUAAAUUAUCUCCUUUUUUUAACAAUUUAUUUCACUGUAAAAUCUAAAUCUAAAUCUAAUCUAAACCAAACCUAUACGGUUUCUAUUCAGUGUUUUUUUGGGGUUAACAUAACACUUAAUUAUUCUUGUAUGCCAUUUUUCUUAAUAUGUUAAUUGUUUUACCAUUAACACAGAAAUUGUAGUUCUGGAUUUUCUUUUUAAUGUGCCGAAUUACAUUGAGUUCCAAUAAACGUUACCUAAAAUAUUCAA